CAACUAAGCUUUAUUAAGACGGAUUACAGAAAAUAGACGACGAGAAAGACUAGAAAAAGUCGAGGUCGCAAGUCGCUUGACGAGCGAUCUUCGAUUGCCUUUAUCUUUUGUUUUGCCUACAAUAGGACGCCGUCUCUUAUAUAUAUGAGCUGACAACAACAACGGCGGCGCGCGGAUCAACAUUGCGGGACGACGACAUCCAUGCAAGAAACCAGAGGCAUGGAGGCCGUGAGGGGAGCAGGACGCCCCAAAAAAUCAAGGCAUGCUCAGGCGCAGACUACAGAGGUACCCGGGAGAGCCGCUAGACUGCCGGGGCCCGUGAAGGUCACCCUGUUAAAACGCAAGGCGCGGCCCUGGGAGCGGAGAAAAAUUGACCGAGAACUACCGGAGCAGUCGGUUUCCUCGAGCAGUGGGGAAUCGGCGAGUAGCAGCGACGAAGAUAGGCAACCCGGGCGGACGACUCGGGCCAGGAGGGCGGCAUCGGAGGACAUACGACAGGCUAGAGCUGAAGGGUCAUCCGCCGCCGGCAGGCAAGCGGAAAGAGACAUCCAGUCUGAAUCCAGGGGCCAGGUCGGGCAACAAGUGGAUUGGCGAGCCCUGGGCAAGACGUUGGCGGCAAAACACGGGGACAAGGCCACGUCACUCAGAGGCACGCUGGAGUCCAACGCGGCCUCAGACCCAGGAGCGAUCGUGGCUUUAAGAAUCGAAGAGUUCUUGGGCUCAGAGGACGGCCGCCAACUUUUUGUGGGGCGGCGCAAAGAACUUAUGGCGAUCGGUCUGGCGGACGCGCUGGAACAGUUUGUGCUGGCGAGUAGGGCAGGAUCGCUUCGAUGGAUCCACGAAUCACUAGAAGCGAGGUUACGACGGGGACUAACCCCCCUUAUCGAGGAAAUUGCAGACCUACUGGCAGCAGCCUUUCGAACCGCGGCGGGAACCUAUCCGGGGGCGAGUCCAGAUUUCGGGAGAAAGUGUACAGUUCCCCAGUUAAUGACGACCGCGUGUCAGAAGGCAAGCGAUGCGGCGCGGGUGCCCGAUGUUCAGGAAUGGUCCCAGCGAAUGGCGGAGGCCUUAUGUGCGCCGGGUUGGGGCGCGGCGGUGGUCGAAGAAUGCGAGAAGAUUCAGCCACAACUCCCGGUCGAGGGAAUUCCGUUGUGGCGAGUUUUCCUGGCGGCCCUCCGGAGCAAGUUUUCCUGCUCAGACACCGGCGCCCAAUUCUCGGCACAGGAACUGCGCCAGGGAUUGUUCCCAGCCGCAGUGAGCCUGGUCCGACUCACCAUCGCCGCUAAGGCAGCGCUGGCGGAAACGGAGCUCAUAGCGGUCGAUAAACGCCGAGACGGAGCGCGGGAGCAGUAUACCAGACCAAGGUAUACACCGAGCCUUCCGGGGGGGGAGGGCCCACAGUCGUUCGGCGGCGUGUAUCGAGUCCCUAGUGGGACUCAGUGGGCGGAAGGCCCCCGAGGAGCACCGGCCGGAGACAUGUAUGGGGGCCGGCCUGUCUUCAACACCUGGGGAGAGCCAGGUUGUUCUCCGGCGCCAUAUCCACCGCAGGGAGAGGCGCCGUCAUACGCAACAGCAUGGCGGGGGACCCAGGCAGCGGAUAACAGGGUCCGCGGCCCCCAAGGCCCGACAGGGUGGGUACCGCCGGCGCCAUCGGGCUUGGCAUCAACGGCGGCAGGGCCGGUACCGAGAGGUUUCCCGCCGCCGGCACCACCUCCGUUUAGGGACAGCAGAACCAGGGAGGGCGACCGUCCCAGAGCCACUCAGCGACCGCUAAACUGGGACCCGUUGAAGGCGCGGCUACAGGCUGUACAGCCGGGGAGCCAGAGGACAGACGCGGAACUGCGCAAGGUCACACAGGAAAACAAGCUGUGUUUUCAUUACGCAGCGGCGGGGUUCACUCCCGGAGCAUGCCCACUGCUCGCGGAAGGUCGGGAAUGCCGGUGGCGUCACACGCCCCCGGAAGGAGUGGCGGACACGAUAACCCUGUUCGUACAGCCCGCCAGAGGGGCUCCGGGAGGCGGACCCUCGAUGGUGGGGAUACAGCGAGAAGACUCCGACGGAGCAAAGGAAAUGGAGACGGAACGCGUAGAAUGGUGGGCCGCGGACAUAGUCGACCUGAGUACGGACCCGUUGGCGAGGAUGGAAGCCGUGCAGCUGCUUAAAGGCAGUCGCAAGGCUCGAGAUAACCCCUUUCACAGCACUGGCGCUGGGACGCCGGUCAGCCCGCAGACGCCCAGGGUGCCGGGGGAACCACCAUUCCACCAGAUACGAAACAAUGGACAUAGGAUCGCAGCUCUCCGAGACCCACUGACGUUGGUGCACCUGGUAGAUGGAGAGCAAGGCGGCCGUGAGCGGCGGCCGCACUGA